UUACUUGCUCUUUGCUAAAUAUUAGCUUUUGUUCAGCCCUCCUGAUAUCUGAAAAAUAUUUCCUCAAAGACAGACCUCUAUUUUAACCAUUGAUCUACCACAGCCAUCUGCAAAUAUCUGUCCAUGGCCUUUUUCUUGCAGGCAAGAUGAAAUAAUGGCAACAAUCAAAGAGUUAACAGGAAGACUUUUUGGCUCUUCCUUCUCCUACUUCAGGUUUGUCAGUGAUGGCAUGCAACGACACUCCCAUAGACAGUAAUGUUGCUCUCAAUGAGAGUGCCCCAUCCAUAAGCUCCAGUUACACAGCUCUGCCUGCCCCACUCAGGAUAUUGUUGGUAAUAAUAAUGGUAUUCAUGAUUGCUGUUGGAUUUUUUGGUAAUGCCAUUGUCUGCCUCAUUGUCUACCAAAAGCCAGCCAUGCGUUCAGCCAUCAACCUGCUGCUAGCAACUUUGGCCUUUUCUGACAUCAUGCUGUCUUUGUUCUGCAUGCCUUUUACCGCAGUUACAAUUAUUACAGUGAACUGGAACUUCGGGGCUCACUUCUGUCGGAUAUCAGCUAUGCUCUAUUGGUUAUUUGUCUUGGAAGGAGUCUCUAUACUCUUGAUCAUUAGCGUGGACCGUUUCUUAAUUAUCGUUCAGCGGCAAGACAAGCUGAACCCUUACCGUGCCAAAGUCAUCAUCGCCAUGUCCUGGGCACUGUCCUUCUGCAUUUCCUUUCCUUCAGUGAUUGGAUGGACAUUUGUGGAAGUACCAGCCCGGGCUCCCCAAUGUGUUCUGGGGUACACUGAAUUUCCUGCUGACAGAGCAUAUGUCGUGAUGCUAGUUGUGGCAAUUUUCUUCAUCCCUUUCAGUGUCAUGCUGUAUUCUUACCUUUGCAUUCUAAAUACCGUGCGGCGCAAUGCCCUUAGGAUCCACAACCAUGCUGAGAGCCUUUGCUUGAGCCAGGUGAGCAAACUAGGCCUCAUGGGACUACAGAAGCCUCAGCAGAUGAAUGUGGACAUGAGCUUCAAAACCAGAGCCUUCACUACAAUUCUCAUUCUGUUCAUUGGCUUUUCACUCUGCUGGCUUCCACACACCGUCUUCAGCUUGCUCUCUGUGUUUAGCAGACAGUUCUACUACAGCCCUUCUUUCUACAUCACCAGCACCUACAUCCUGUGGCUGAGUUACCUCAAGUCAGUGUUUAACCCUGUCGUCUACUGUUGGAGAAUCAAGAAAUUCCGUGAAGCCUGCAUGGAAUUCAUGCCUAAAACAUUCAAGGUCCUCCCUAAAGUGCCUGGACGAACAAAGAGGAGAAUACAGCCAAGUACAAUAUACAUCUGUAGUGAGACCCAGUCGGCUGUUUAG